GCUCAAAGCAGAGGUUGAUUUCCGUGCGAGUUUGCGCCGCGCGAGUUUAUGUUGUUGCAUCUUGGAGUGUAAGCGUCAUGAUCGAGACAUUCAAACAGAAGGCACAGAAGGCAUCCGCCGCGGCCAGCGCGGCCGUGAAGCAGGGGGUGGAUGCCGCGAAGUCUGCCAUGGGCUCGGACCCGCCGACGAGGCACGGGCAGGCUAGGGCGGACCCAGAGAGCUUGGCGCAGCUCUGCGCCAUGGGGUUCCCCAGGCCACAGGCGGAGGCCGCCCUGCAGCAGGUUGGCGGGCAGGACACGGAGGCCGCGAUCGCCUUCCUCUGCCAGCAGCACGGACAGACCGAGCCCGCCGGCUCCCGCGCGGGCGACUCGGAGUCCCCGAGCACGCGGUUGGUCCCGACUUUCCGGCUCGACGACGACGGGGAGCGCUACAGCCCGAGCCAGUGGGUCGAGGUCCACUCGAUGAGCGGCGGCGCCGCCGCGCGGGCGCUGAACGGGGAGGUCGGGCAGAUCGUGUCCUACGUCUCCGAGCAGGAGCGCUUCUUGGUCGAUUUCGCUGGCCAGCCCAGGCUUCUCCGGGCCGCGAACCUCCGGGAGGCGUCUGGGGCGGUCAAGGCGAAGGCCACGGUGCAGGCCACCGUGAAGAGCGCGCGGAGCUCGAUGAAGGACGCCAAGCGGCGCGCAGAGGCCUUCUUUGGGGGCGGGACCGCCUCAUCGAGGCCCUCCGGCGCGCAGCCCCGGGCCAGCGCCGCGCCGGACCCGCCCCAGGGCCACGUCCUCGGCUUCUCGGCUGGCGCGCCCGCGGACCCGCCUUCCCGGCGCGCGGCGCUGGAGGCGGCGGAGCGGCGCUUGGCCGAGGCCAGGGCGCGCAAUUCGGGCACUAUGGAGGACUACCGUCGCUGGCAACGGGAGCAGAUCGAGGCGGGCCAGGGCCAGCCGCUGGCGGCGCCCGCAGCGGCCCAUGCUGGCGCCAGGAGAGGCAUCGCCACGCGCGUCAUCGGCGAGGAGCGGGCGCCCGCGGCGCGCGCGGCGCCCGCGGCGGAGGACGAGGAGGAGGACCUGCAGCGGGCGCUGGAGGCCUCGCUGGCGCCCGCGGGUGCCGCGGCGCCCGCCGCCCCCGGACCGCCGCGAGAGGAGGCGGGCGGGGCCCAAGAGGCGCGGCCGCGGGGCAGCGCGGCGGCCUGCGCGGCAGCCGCCGCGGCGGAGGAGGAGAGGAGCGCGGGAAGCUGGCUAGUCAGUUGGAGGAGCGCCGGCGGCAGGAGCAACGGGUCUGCGAGGAGCGGUCUGCGCUCGAGAACAAGCUGGUCGAGCUGAAGACCGAGGUCGCGAAGCGCGACGUGGUGGACGGCGACGUGGACCCUGCCAGGACAUCGGAUUUCGCCUCCGAGGCCGCGCCCGAGGCCGAGCGUGCCGCCG